AUGCUUCGAACCACUCUAAGAACUUCUCGAGUUCUGUCUGCCCGACAGUUCACCGUUGCCUCUCGUCUUCAGCAGGAUCCUCUCAAGAAGGCUGCCAGCGAUGCUUACGACACUGUCAACAAGGCUGCUCUGAAGGGAAUUGAUCUGGCUCAGGAUGCCGCUGAUGCUACCAAGAAGGCUGCUGACCAGGCCAAGUCCAAGCUUGAUUCUAACCAACUCGACGGGAAGAUUAAGGAGGUUUGGGAGUCUGCCAAGGGCAAGGCUCAGGAUCUUCAGUCUGAGGCUGAGGACAAGGCCCACGAUCUCAAGGGCAAGGUCGAUAACCAGUCUGGAGGACUCAAGGGAGAGGCCAAGGAGGCCUGGGGUGAUGCCAAGGGCAAGGUCGAAGAACUCAAGGGCCAGGCCCAGGGUAAGGCUCAGGAGCUCAAGGGAGAAGCUAAGGACGCCAUCAACAGCGGUAACACUGGUGAUCUGAAGGGCAAGGCCAAGGAAGCUUGGGGAGAUGCCAAGGGUAAGGCCCACGAGGUUGCUGGCGAGGCUAAGGGCAAGGCCCACGAGGUUGCUGGAGACGCCAAGAAUGCUGCCAACAGCGGAAACGCUGGAGAGCUCCAGGGUAAGGCUAAGGAGGCCUGGGGUGAGGCAAAGGGUGAUGCCAAGGAUCUUGCCGGUAAGGCCAAGGGUAAGGCCGAGGAGCUCAAGGGCGACAUUAAGGGUAAGGCAAAGGAGCAUCUUUAG